AUGGACAUAGAUCAGUUGGGCAAUGAUGCCAAAUUGGCAGCAACAAAAUACUUUACAAACACGCUUAAGAAUCCAGGACAAUUGGAGAAAGUUGAACAAUUAAAGAAUCGGAUAUCGCGUAAAAAAACUUCUACUGAGGCAAUGUUGAAAACAGCUAUGCAAAGUCAAUUAGACGGUGUUACCAUCGGAAUGGAACAAUUGAAAGACGCAUUGGAUGAUAUAAGUAAGGUGAAGAUAUACCUUAGUCAAACAAAACAUUCAUUUAUCAAUUUACCAUCUCUUGGGUACAAGUUGCAAGAUGUGCGCACCAAGCAAAUGCAACAUUCUCAGUACUUGACGGCUAAUGAAAAUAUGAAACAUCUAUUCACCGUACCUGAAAGCAUUGAAAAAACUAAACAGUGGAUAAACGAUGGAAAGUUUUUACAUGCUCAUCAAUGUUUAAUAGACCUUGAGAACUCUAGAGAUGAUCUUUUAUUUGAAGUGCAUAAACUGCCCAAUCAGGCACCCAGUGAUAAAAUACUACUCAAAGCAUAUUUCGAAGACGUUGAAGUUAUGUCCAAUAUGUUGAAAAAACAAAUUAAAUUAGUAUUGAGCAGAACUCUAAAUACUGUUAGGAAAGAACCUAUGGUGAUUGUUACUGUGCUGCGAAUAAUUGAACGAGAAGAGCGUGCUGACAUAUUUGCAUUGCAGCGUCAUAAGCAAUCUGGAUUUAUGCCUCCCAGUCGCCCAAAAAAGUGGAAAGAAAUGGCAUUUGAUGUGCUUCAAAAGUCAGUUGACCAGCGAAUAGAAGGUACUCAAGUGAAUGAACGAUCUGACAAUAAAAUGUGGCUUGUAACAUAUUUGGAACUUUGUCGACAAUUGAUUCUUGAAGACUUGCGAGUGGUUAAAACUCUUUGUGUGCCAUGUUUUCCUCCACUCUAUGAUAUUUUUGAUAAAUUUGUUUAUAUGUAUCAUUCCAGUCUUUCAGCAAAUUUAAAUGACAUAAUAUCAAAUGGACUAGAAGGCAAUGAAUAUGUAACAAUUAUUUCAUGGGUGACUAAUACAUACUCUGGCACAGAGUUAAUGUUACAUCCUGAAUUGAAUAUAGACAUUGGUAAAGUUGGUCCAUUAUUAAAAUCAUCAAUUGUUUUUGAUUUACAAUCAAAAUAUUUAGAAUACAUAAAAGCAAAUUACAAAGAAUGGAUGUUAAAAACAUUGGAUACUGAAAAAAAUGAUUGGUAUGCAGGUGCUUCACCCGAGGUUGGUCCAGAUGGAUGUUUUCAUACAGCUGCUCCAGUUAUUAUAUUUCAGAUGAUUGAUCAAAAUUUGCAAGUCACAAAAACUAUAAGUCAGCACUUAACACACAAAGCAUUAUUAUUGAGUGUAGAUAGUGUCAGUCUAUACGGUCUGUCUUACAAAGAGGCUGUUAUAGAGUUCAAGAAAAAGCACUUCGAGGACAGAAGCAAAGUACCAUUUUUUACACACUGCAUAAUUACUGUGCUCAAUAAUUGCUUGCAAUUUAUUGAAUUAGCAUUAGAAAUGAAGCAACACUAUUGGAGUAGUGAUUUUAAAGAUCAGUCAAGUACUGCCUACGAAAAAUUAAUAAAGACCUUCCAAAAUCUCAGAGACGAAGCAGCACAAUUUCUUUUAGAAGAAGCUUUGAUUGAUCUUGACAUUCAUUUUCAAGAUUUGAUAACUACUAAAUGGCUUUCCAGCUUUAUAUCUAUUGAAACUAUUUGUGUGACAUUAGAAGAUUAUUUUCAAGAUUAUACUCAUUUAAAGCCCAAGAAUUUAGAGUAUAUAAUAUUAGAAGCUGAGGAUAUAAUAGUGAGACGAUACAUAAUGGCUAUUCUGCAGAAGAAAUUAAAUUUCAAGACAUAUGAAGAACGUCGAUCAGCAGCCGAUAAAAUGACAAAUGAAGUGGACCAACUGAAAUCAUUUUUUAUGCGUGUGGCACCUUUAGUAACACGUGAUAAAGAUUCUCCUUUUGAUGCUGUUGUCAAGUUAUCUGAAGUAUUAAAAAGUGAAGAUUCUGAAAUACUAUCGUUGGAUUUACACACACUUGUAAAAAUGUAUCCAGAUAUAACCGAAGACCAAAUGACUAGAUUAUUAAGCUUAAGAGGUGAUUUAAGUAGGUCAGAAAUACGUGAAAAAGUACAGUAUGCUAUUCAAGGCAAUAGGGAACUCGCUGGUACCACAUUAACCAAAAGCAUAUUCCAACAAAUCCACUUAUAG